AUUGGUUAGAAAUACACAUGGUCGACCUCUGAAAUUUCUUUCCGGUGUAAAAAUAGGUUUCGGUUGAGCAGUGAUGGAUAAUAUACCAGCGGCCAUGGACAGACACUUAGACGUGAUUCAGUGUCAUGAAGAUGGAGGAUUGUUACUUGGGGCCUCAAAUCUGACAGGCCGGUACUGGUAUGGAUCUAUUUGGUACUACCAAGAACCCUCGUAUGCCCCUGAUGUGGAGAAGUGCAAGGCGGGGGUUCAGUUGGAGGCGGGGCUUAGUGAUGCACAGUGGCUCAGCAGUACCAAGGUUCUGGUAGGACUAGAUACAGGAGGAGUGGCAGUAUGGGAGCUAAUCGAUGAUUUUGAUACCUUCAUGCAGCAAUUAUCAACAGUAGAACACGACAACAUUAUCAGCUCCAUAUCCAUCUGUAGUGACAACCAGAAGGCUAUCUCAGGGAGCCAUGACCGAUGUGUGAAAGUUUGGGAUUUGGAAACACUAGCAUCUAGAAGUACAUAUAGAGCUCACGGUGAUAUAGUAGAAUGCGUAAAGUGUCACCCCACAGAGUCAGCUAUCUUCCUCUCCUGUUCACUAGAUGGUAGUAUAUUUUUAUGGGACACAAGAAAGCCAAAACCCGUUAGUAUUGUAGAUAAAUUGCCCUUUCAACAUUCCCCAAAAAGUGUUGUCUGGCAGCCCAACUAUCAACAUUCUUUUGCCGUUGGUGAUGAAACCGGUCAAAUUAUGGUCAAGGAUACACGAAUGUCAAUAGGAUCACCGGUGAUCUACACAGCACACAAUCGAUGUGUCAACAGAGUAGAGUUCUCAAAGGAAAGUCCCAGUCUGCUGGCCUCCGUAUCGGACGACUGUUGGGUUGUUGUCACAGACACUAGUUCUCCCAAGUGUUCUGAAGUAUAUAGAAGCCAGUCACAUAGCGACUUUGUACGCGGGUUGUCGUGGCGAGGGAACAAAGUGUUCACAUGUGGCUGGGACUCACGAGUGUUAACACACACCAUAGAAAAUUUGGAUCAGACAACCUCUGUCAGGGUCAAAGGUCAGACAAUUGUAGGUGACAUGGAGUGUAAAGUGGAGACGUCAAUGAAGGAUAUUGUGAAGUGCAAUGGUAAUGGUGAUUCCAUGUCGGUGGAAAGCACCUGACCACACAACUACCUCAGGUGUAACUAGGUCCACCCUUUGUUGUUCAUGUCAAGGACACUCGAAGGUCUUUACCAGACUGUAACUUGAUGGUGAAGGUUAUCAGCAGCUUUUGUGCUCGACUAUGUAGUCAUUAUAGGGCAUUUACUGGUCAAGUGCCAGGGCAUUUUACUGAAUCAAUGUCGGGGCAAUUUACUGCCUAGCCUAAGUGCCUUGGCAUUUACUGGUCAAGUGCUAGGGCAUUAUACUGGACUAAUGUUGGGCAAGUUACUAGACAAGUGCCCAGGCAUUUUACUGAACCGAUGUCUGGGCAAUUUACUGGACAAGUGCCCAGGCAUUUUACUGAACCGAUGUCUGGGCAAUUUACUGGACAAGUGCCCAGGCAUUUUACUGAACCGAUGUCUGGGCAAUUUACUGGACAAGUGCCCAGGCAUUUUACUGAACCGAUGUCUGGGCAAUUUACUGGACAAGUGCCCAGGCAUUUUACUGAACCGAUGUCGGGACAUUUUACUGGACCAAUGUCGGGACAUUUUACUGAGUUGCCCCAACUUACCAGACAAAUGCUCAGGCAUUUUGCAAGAUCUACAUCAUUAUUAGACAGAUCACUCAAAGAACAUAGUCUUCUUUUAGUCCUGCAUCGACAUUUACAUUUAAGUUUGUUCAAUACAUGUACACUGUACUAGGAAUUAUGACAUUCACAAUUUGUUGUGAAUUUUUGUGAAAGUGAAAUGGUACAAACUGAUGUAUACAUGAUUAGUCAUAUAUGUGACCAAAGCUUCAUCUGUUCGUGGUCCGUAAGAAUUUAUUUUGUGAAAAUCUGUUUCUAAAACAUUAUAAACAUAUACCCCCAAUUUAAUUCAAGAUAAAAUUCUACGGUUGACAUUAUGCUCAAAAGCCAAAUACUUAUUUUCUUAUAAAUGCAAGUGGUGUUGACCAUGAAAAGUAGUUGUAACUAUUCAUAGGAAAUAGUAGGCUCCGGGAAGAAAUAAUUGUCUACUUGUUGAGGCCUAUAGGUUCAAGGUCAAGGUCACAGUCAUAAUUUUUACAAAACUGUUUUUGUACAAUAUUUAGAGCUCUACUUGGCUGAUCGCACUCAAGAUUUAGCCAGUACUUUCAUCAAAGAAAAUGAUUGCUUUGGAUAGCUUUUCAGACUCUAAUGUCAAGGUCACUUACUAAAAACAGAAAGUCAGUGUUUUAGUUCUAUAGUGUCAUUUGCAACGUAACACUCAUUACAUGGCUCUUUCAAACUUGUUGGUACAAUAGACUAGCUAGUUUAGGUAGCAAUGUACAGUAAAAAUGCCCAAUUCUGAAAAAUAUGCCACAUGCAUGUUUUAGAUAUGAAAAGAUUGCAGGUUAACCCUACAUAUUACCUCUUUGAAAUUGAAUAUCUCUUUCCCAAAGACAGAAUUUAUCUUGUUUUGUACAUUAAAUUUUCCCGCAAUAUUACCUUGAUUAUGAGCCUCCAUUUUUCGCUGUAGACAAAACUAAAUUUCCUGUGUAAACACACUGUCAGAUCAUCCAGAAAUUUAAAAUCCGUAACAAAUUUAUUUAUUUUAGUUUUAACAAAUG